CGUGGUCCCCUGAGGAGCCUCCGUCAGGCGCAGGCGCACUACACCUCCUGCCCCCCCGCAGCGAAGGUGGCUUCCACCGGGAAAGACGGGGCCGGCCCUCUGGAACAAAGAUCGCGAGAUUUGAGCGCGUCACCGAGACUCCUUCCGGUCACAGACCGGAAGCUCAGUGAGCGGGGGCGUCUCUGGCGCUUGCUUCGCUGUGCUGCGGCGCCGCUGGGCCCGGUUUCUGUCGCGCCUCCUCGGAUCCCGUUCCGCCUCGCCUACCCUGGGCCGAGGUGAUGGGGGACUCCAAGGAGGGUGGAGCGGAGUCUCCGCCGGCCGGGGCCGCUGCUCGGGAAGGGCUCAGCCUCCUGUCCCAGGGAGAAUCCGAGGAACCUUCUGCACAGGGAUCAGCUUUAUUUCUUGGAGGCAAUGAAGUGAAGAGCCGAGCUGUGGUGAAAUACUCUUCUGCCCCUCCUCGAACAGCAUUUGCACGCCUUGAAGAGAAAACAGACUUGAAACUCCCACCUGCCAACUGGUUAAGAGAGAGUGCCAAACUAGGGCCUGCAGGAACUACCAUUCUUGGCAAUAGUAAGAAAAGCAAGCCAUUUUCAAGCUUUGGUAUGGCAUACGACUUUAUUGAUUCUGUGGGAAACGAUGUGGACGUUGUCUCUGACUCUGAAAACAUAAAAAAGCUCCUGAAGAUUCCCUACAGCAAGUCCCAUGUAAGCAUGGCCGUCCACCGCAUAGGAAGGACUCUCUUACUCGAUGAGUUAGAUAUUCAGGAACUCUUCAUGAGAUCAUCUCAGACUGGUGAUUGGACAUGGCUGAAAGAGUUUUAUCAAAGACUCAUUGACCAGAAGUGGCAGAGGAAGAAGAAAAGCAAAGAACACUGGUAUCAGAAAGCUAUUCUUUCCAAGUUUUUAUAUUACAGUAUCAAUGGUGAUGGAGCCGCUCAGCCCGUCCCAUCUGCUGCAGAACAGCAGGAAUCAUCCAGUUCAGAUCAGACAAAUGAUUCGGACGGGGCUUCGUGGCCCGCCCCCUUUGAAAUGCCUUCUUCAGUUUCUGAAGACCCCAGUGCUUCCAGUCAGGGAAGUGAGCCUCUUGAACCCUCAUACAUAGUGGGGCAUGUGGCCUCAGCACCCAAAGAACAAAACCUGACUACUUUAUUCAAUGACGGGGAGAACAGUCAGGGUCUUAAAAAUGAUUUUGUUCGGAAUAUCUUAUGGACAUUUGAAGAUAUACAUAUGUUAGUUGGCUCCAACAUGCCUAUAUUUGGAGGAGGCAGGUAUCCAGCAGUCAGUUUACGUCUCAGGGACAACAACAAACCAAUUAACGUGCUAACUGGGAUUGACUAUUGGUUGGACAACUUGAUAUGCAACGUACCAGAACUUGUGAUGUGUUUUCACGUAAAUGGAAUUGUACAGAAGUAUGAAAUGAUAAAAACCGAAGAGAUUCCCAAUUUGGAAAACUCGAACUUUUCUACGAAAGUCAUAAAAGACAUUGCACAGAAUAUUUUAUCGUUUCUAAAAUCUAACUGUACAAAAGAGGGACAUACCUAUUGGUUGUUUAAAGCAAGUGGCAGUGAUAUAGUGAAGCUUUAUGACCUCACUACUCUUUGUGAAGAAACUGAAGACAAGUACCAAAACCCAUUCACGAUGCCGGUGGCUAUUCUCUUAUAUAAGGUUGCUUGCAACAUGAUGAUGAAGAAGAAUCAAAAUAAGAAACACUACGGGACUAUUAGAACGUUGCUUCUUAAUUGUGUUAAGUUGUUGGACAAAAGCAGACAUCCUCAAAUUAUUGCUUCAGCCAAUUACAUGCUUUCAGAACUUUUUCAAUUAGAUGAACCUAAAAAAGAAGAAAGUUCAGAAUCUCCUUUAAAUGAGAAUUCUGAUGAAAGUUACAGUGAAGAGGAGGAAGAGAUGCCAGACAGCGAUGAAAAUGGGUCCUAUAGUACCAGCUCGGAUCCCUCAGAUGAUAACAAAGCAGUAGCAAUUAUUAAGUCUGUUGGAGAACUGUCAGUUCCAGAAAAAUACAAAUCCAUUCAUCAAAUCCGACCCAGUUGCACAUUCCCGGUCUGCCAUGACACAGAAGAGCGCUGUAGACUCGUGCUUAGCUACGUUCUGGAGGGGUUAAAAUCUGUGGAUAGCAGUAUUAAAAAAGAAAGCGACCUUCCUGCAGCUGACCCCAACACCCCAAUACCAUUAAAAUAUGAAGAUGAAUCCACAAGGGGGGGUCCUGAGGGUCUGGAAAAGCAGAUGGCCUUGUUUUUGGACAAAAUGGGCUCCCUUCAGAAGGGUAAUUAUUCCAGUCAAUCUGGAAUGAUCCCUGGUUCUUGGCAACAUAAAAUGAAACUCCAGCUGAUUCUCAAGUCAUCAAAGGCCUAUUAUGUUUUGUCUGAUGCUGCCAUGAGUCUUCAGAAAUAUGGAAGAGCGUUACGAUACAUCAAAUUAGCUUUGCAGAGCCAUGAUACUUACUGCUGCCUCUGCACCAACAUGCUUUCGGAAGUGCUGCUGUUUCUGUCUCAGUAUUUGACACUCUGUGGGGACAUCCAGCUGAUGCUGGCCCAGAAUGCGAACAACAGAGCGGCGCAUCUCGAGGAGUUUAAUUAUCAAACGAAAGAAGAUCAGGAGAUACUACACAGCCUCCAUAGGGAGUCCAGUUGUCAAGGAUUUGCAUGGGCAACUGAUUUGUCUACAGACUUAGAGAGUCAGCUUUCAGUCAGUUGUAAAUGUUACGAAGCUGCUAAUGAAAUCUUGCAAUUUAGUGACUUAAAAAGCCAGAACCCAGAACACUAUGUACAAGUAUUGAAGAGAAUGGGUAACAUUAGAAAUGAAAUCGGUGUGUUUUACAUGAAUCAGGCUGCUGCUCUGCAGAGUGAGCGAGUAGUGAGCAAAAGUGUGUCUACUGCGGAGCAGCAGUUGUGGAAAAAAAGCUUUUCUUGUUUUGAAAAAGGAAUUCACAACUUUGAGUCAAUCGAUGAUGCCACAAACGCUGCUCUUCUGUUGUGUAACACUGGGAGACUCAUGCGGAUUUGCGCGCAGGCCCACUGUGGUGCCGGCGAUGAAUUUAAGCGGGAGUUCUCACCAGAAGAAGGCUUGUAUUACAAUAAGGCUGUCGAUUACUAUUUGAGAGCCCUGCGGUCCCUGGGAACACGAGACAUCCACCCGGCUGUCUGGGAUUCAGUGAACUGGGAAUUGUCCACUACUUACUUCACGAUGGCAACUCUGCAGCAGGAUUAUGCUCCAUUAUCUAGGAAAGCUCAGGAGCAGAUUGAGAAAGAAGUCAGCGAGGCUAUGAUGAAGUCCCUGAAGCACUGUGAUGUGGACUCUGUGUCCGCGCGACAGCCUCUCUGCCAGUAUCGAGCCGCGACCAUCCAUCACAGACUGGCGUCCAUGUACCAUAGUUGUCUGAGAAAUCAGGUUGGUGACGAGCAUCUGAGGAAGCAGCACCGGGUGCUGGCGGACCUUCACUACAGCAAAGCUGUUAAGCUCUUUCAGCUUCUCAGAGACGCUCCCUGUGAGCUGCUUCGAGUGCAGUUAGAAAGAGUGGCGUUUGCAGAAUUCCAAAUGACCAGUCAGAAUAGCAACGUUGGAAAAUUAAAAACACUAUCUGGGGCUCUUGACAUAAUGGUGAGAACUAAGCAUGCAUUCCAGCUCAUCAGAAAGGAGCUUGUAGAGGAAUUUGACCAGCCUAAGAGUGAUGAGUCCACUCCAGCUGCUGAUUCCUCUCCGAGUCUUAAUCGAGAAGAAGUGGUCAAGCUCCUCAGCAUAUUUGAAUCCCGGUUGUCAUUCCUUCUCCUUCAAUCCAUCAAGCUGCUGUCUUCAACUAAGAAGAAAACAAGCAGUAAUACUGAAGACGACGUAGUCCUCAAAACCAACAAGCAGAUCUACUCCCAGCUUUUGAGAGCUACUGCUAACAAAAGCGCAGCCCUUCUGGAGAGAACCGACAUUCUCGUCCACCUGCUGGACCAGCUCGCUCGCGGCGGCAGUGGCGGGGUUCAGUGACUCGUGCCCCAGGCCCCGGCCACGGAGAUGCUCUAGUGCCUUCAGCUCUCAGGGGCGAGUUUGUCCACUCGGUGCUUCGUGUCAUUAAAUAUGAGGGAAAUAUCCACUCACAGCAGGCCCGGCAGGGGAGACUCAGAGUGCUCUUUUCCCGUGACAGACGAGUCAUGGUUGAGUUCUUGGACUUCUCCACUGGAAGUGCUACAACCAGAAUCCGACUUGGAGCUCCCGGCACUUGUUUCUUGGAGAAGUACAUGGUACCUCCAUGUUCACAGACUUGCUGUGGUGGCCGGUACACUUGUAGACAUUUUUGAAGUAUGUUAAGCUACAUGGGUUUAAGAUAAUAAUUAUUUUGGAUGACGUUACUUUGGUCAAGGGAACUUUUAUCCAGAUGACUCUAGUGGUUCAGAUGGGUUAAGGCAAUGUCCUGUGCAUCUGCAGGGUCUCCUCCUCAGCUGCACAG